AUGGCCGAAAGAUACAUCUCUUUCACAACGGUUGAGACAGGCAAGACAAAUUGUUUAACAAGAGACGUCAAACUGGUCACUGGAUGUGGCCAUGUUUCUCGAGAGUGUCAGAAAUUUGACGGGCCGAAACACUCGUUGACAGAAACUCUUCCUCUGAAGACUCUUGCUGAACCCAGAGCUCCUCUACUGGUUCCAGCACUCUCACUCGUUGUCACGUAUGUUCCAAACAUUUUCGUUUGCGUCCCGAUGGCACAUUGGUUAGGCAUGGAGGAAAGGUUAAGGGUUCAAAAUGUUUCGGGCCAAAACGGGGUCAAAACGCGCGUAAUUGAGAAACUUUUCCGGUUGCGUCUCUGCCGCCAAUGCCGUCGGCAGCGUCUCUAUCAGCUGUGCUGCACUGCAACAGAAAAGUUCAAGCUUGAGCGUUACAUUUCCAUAUGUACUUUUUGCUUAAAAACUUUUCCAAAGGGAACAUCAGGUGGCAGGGACGGCCUUACGCCGGAGCAUUUGAAAGACCUCACAUCUUCAAAAAAAGAUUCGAUUGAUCUCAUCAACUCAAUCACUGCAUUCAUCAGCGUGAUUUUAAACGGUGAUUGCCCACCUGAUGUGACCCCAUACUUUUUUGGCGGAAGGCUGGGGACUUUGCCUAUAUGUGUUGGUGGCCUGAGUUUGGGUUCCGCGGCUGAGCUGGCACUUUUUGCUUUUUUGGCUUCUGCUGCUGCCACGGUGACCCUCCAGGAUCUGAUGUUGCUGAGGGAUGAGAUUUACGUCGAUAACUACAGAAUUCAAGUAUACAAUAUGUGGUGCGCCACCAACGGAGAUGUGGUUGCGUUUAAGAACCCCUCGCUAAAACACUGA